AUGCCAGCUGCACAGCUGUUCAACGAUUGUGCAGAUUGCCACUCGAUGGAAGCAUCCAUUGAUGUGCGCAAGCGUUGGCUUUGCCGGCAAUGCUUCAUCAAAUACAUUGGUUCCAAACCUGUCAAGCGAAUUAAGUCCUAUCGGCUGAAAGAGGAAGUGAUCGAGCAGCCCCAGAAGCUUCUCCUUCCUGUGUCUGGUGGAGUCUCAUCAGUGGUCCUACUGCAAAUCUUAGACGGUCUCCUACAGCGACAGUUUUCGAAUCGGGGCCGGAAGUCCUACGAACUUCAUCUUCUAAUGGUAGAAGCACCUUCACUAGUCUCCAAUAGAAGCGUUGCCGCAACCUUUGAUCGUCUGAAGCAGAAAUUUCCUUCUCACACCUUCUCCCUGGUUCCAUUACCUGAAGUUUUCAAGCUAGAUAGCAGCAUCUGUGAAGACCUAUCAGACCUCGGUGCACAGCGAGGGAAGACCCCCCAAGCAAGCCUUGAUACUUUGUUGUCGUGUUCGAAAACUGCUUCAUCUCGAACGGAUGUGCUGCAACUCUUGCUUACUAGGCUCAUCGUGGCAUUUGCGAAAGUCAAUGCAUGCAACGGCAUUCUUUGGGGUCAUUCAAAUAGCCGGCUAGCUGCCAAAGCUUUGUCUAGUGUCUCAAAGGGGCGCGGUGGGUAUUUGCCGUUCGAUGUUGCUGAUGGGCCAACACCAUGGGGCAUUGCCUUCUACUAUCCAUUGCGUGACUUGUUUAAGUCAGAAUUGGCCAUGUACACGAGUGCACUUCCGGAUGACUUCUCUGGACUGGUUGUCCAUGAUGUGGCAUCCGCACCAACGUACACCGCUUUACGGGCCACCUCGAUCGAUGACCUGUUGUCAGCCUACAUUAACAAUCAAGGCGAGAAGUAUCCCAGCCUAAUGGCGAACGUCGUUCGUACAGCUGGCAAGCUGCAGAUGCCCGUCUCUGCUCUGAAGCAAAGUGCAUCAACAUGUGGUAUCUGUGCCAUGCCAAUACCUGAGACCAUGGCAAGUCAAGAGAGUGAUGAGCCAAAUAUCUGCUACGCUUGUCAACGUCUGAAGCUUGAGACGAUAUCAUCACGUGGUCCUUGUUAUCAGUAA